CUGAUGCUACAAGUCUCAGCCGUAUAGGGGUCUGACGAUGACUAUCUUGGCACCUCCAACGGGCUAACAACAACAAGGCAGCCUCGAGCAGCGGGCGGGAUUUUAAUUGAUCUUACAAAAAUCAACUCAGCUCCACGGCAUUUAACUUGAAGCUAUAACCACCGCAUACUGCGCCUUUGGGAUACUAUUGGCUGUGACACGCAGCCUGCACGGUCCCAACAACAAGAACAAUAAGGAUUUUGGUUGUUAAUAACAGAGGCACAUUAGUGAGGGAGGCGGCAUGGAGGCUACUUUCAUUAGCAUGUUGGAGGACCUGUAUGGACUGGUGAACGAGACCACUACCUCUGUGGUGGAGAACGUCGAGGAUGCAAAUCUGAAGACAAAUCUCCUGAACCAGUUGGAGGAGGCACUGGUGACCUGUGUCACCACCCAGCACAAGGUGGCUAUCACACGCCAUGCUGUGAAGGAGACCAUCGCUCGGGCAGAGGAUGAGAACACCAAGGAACCUAAUUCAAAUCUCUAUGAUGAUUUACUUGAAGAAAGCAUUGGGGAGCUGCAGAUGGACUCUCCCAUCGAUGAAGUAAUAGCACAAUCUGCAGCUCUCAAGUCCUUCAAGGAACUACUUGAGGAAAAUAAUGUGGCAAGCAAUCCAGACCCAGAUGGGGACUUGAUUGCCACACAGUACAGUAGCACCUUUCUUGACCCCAUCAGCAAGAAGAGGAUGACGGAUCCAGUGAGAAAUAAGAUUUGUGAUCAUGUGUAUGACAGAGGCACCAUCACCGUCAUGAUUGCAAAGUCUAAACAGAAAUUGAAAUGUCCUAUCAUUGGUUGUGCUAAUCGUAAACCAAUAAAGCUGUCUGACCUGAAGGAAGCGCCUGAUGUGAAGAGACAGCUAGCCCUCCAAGAAAAAAGACAGUGACAGUGUGGUGGCUGAACCUGUGCACACCACGAACUCACCACUGCUGGGACUGCUGCAGUGUUAGCACCCCAAAGUGUAGCAAGAUCAAGAGCUACAUUCCAGAAAGGCAUUACAUCUCUUCCAUGCAACGGGCUGUGAUGGAAGUUAUUAGGGGGAUUCUUUGACUAUUACUAAGCAUUUUAUCACUAUUUUUUUGGUAUUGAACAGAUUUCAAUAAAAGUUGGUGAAAUUUUCA